CCCAUAAGCAAGCAUUCGUAUCUUUGGACUACAACUUCCAUCAUUCUCCGUUAGUUCCGUGAUUAUUGAACGUUCUAGGCACUUGCAGGAUUGAAACGAUUUAACAGGAAAAGCCAACACAUUUUAUAAAAAUGAUUUGGUUUGAAGGCUCUAUUCCAGCAGCCAUCAUCUCCGCCAAACAACAGAGCUCCAUCUUCGUCGUCGUAAUAACAGGUAUUGUCUUGUAGAUUAGCCAGCGCAGAUUUGCUGCUAGCAAAGCUAACGUUAACCAGUUGAAUGAUUCGCCAUAGGUAGCGAAGCAAACUGUGUCAAGCUCGGGAGAGCAAACGAGCCCUGUCAUUGUCAGCUAUUUAGCUAGCUAGCUAUACAUGUCGACAACAUUACACUCGAGCUGUCGAUGUAGCCGAUGCUAGCUUGUCAAAACGAAAAGGAAUGACAGCUGUCAAAUCUCAGCUAACUAACGUUAGUUAAUGCGAUGUAAUUAGCUAGCUCUGGCUAGCUUCCUGGUACUAGUGUUAGCCGCAAGUUGACAACAAACUGUCUGACUGGCUAGCUAACUAGUCGCAAUUAUUCUGGAUGGCGACUGUCACCACCAACACUAGCGGACUAAACUCCUUCCUUCACCAUGGAGUGGAGUUUAGUCCGCUACACCAACACCACAGACGUGUGUUGUGCGGGAACAGGGCAUUGAGUGAUGUAGGACGAGUGAUUCACCACUUCUGAAUCUGACAUUCUUGCUCUCUACUAGGCGACGAUGAGGUGUCAGCACAAAUGAUGUCCAGUUGGGAGGACGACAGAGUGGCCGAGGCCUCCCAUAACUGCUGUGUUGCAAUCAAGGUUGAUUCCAAGAGGUAGCCUUUAUAAUGGAAUCCUCCUACACUUGUGUGGAUAUGAUGUACUCUUUCCGUACAGUACUAUCAAAAUGGAAAUACUAACAUAAAUAUGAUGCAUCUUAUGUUUAAUGUUUUUCUUUUCUUGCAGCGAGACAUGCACUCAGUUCUCCCAAAUCUGUAUCCUUCCUCGCCAAAGGGUUCUUAUCACCCCUAGAGUUAGACUGUUGUGUUUGUGAUCCCUCAGGCUUUAUUUCCUUUAGAACAAGAUGUUGCGUCUCUUCUGAAACAUGUUUGAUUAUUCACCAAGCUUUGUCUUUCAGACAUUCUAGAUCAUGCAAUCAAGUCCAAUCCCAUUUUAUUAUUAUUAUUAUUAUUAUUAUUAUUGUGAGUAUGGUUGGUUUGUCUUUAACUUUCUGAAAAAGACCCGGUGGUGUGCAUCCCGUCCAGUUUCUUUAUCGGAGAGAAUGGAAUCCCCCUGGAAGUUGUUGCCGGGAGUGUCUCUGCAGAGGAACUCAUGAAAAGAAUCGACAAAGUCAAACAGGUAUGAUAGCCAUUACAAAACAGAAAAUACUUAAACAACAGCAGUAAAUGGUCUUCAAGAGCACUGAGAUAGAUGUACGGUAGAGGGUAUCUAGUUUGGCUGACACCUGCUCUCGAAGUCUCCAGCUCGCUGUGUAGUCACGUGGGUCGUGCGUCAGCCAGGCUAGAGGGUGGCACACUUAACAUGCAUUUCUUGUGCCUUACAGAUGCACGCUCAGCAGAUAACAGGUGAGGGAGCGGAUGCAGGGGCUCCCAUGGAGGCUUGCCCCCGAGCCACGGUAGCCUCAGAGCCAGCCCCAGCACAGCCCCCCUCAUCCCCACAGGAGCUCCAGCCUAGCCACACACCACGAGCAGACACAGACAGUGCAGCAGCACCAGUACCAGCAACGUCUAAAGGUGUGUUUGUGUGAGGGGCCACUAUGGAAUGUUGAUGAAAAGUAAUUCUACUGAAAAGCAAUGCCACAAAAUACAAGUACUUGCGCUAUAUGUAAAUGCAUGUCUGUGCAUGUUAUUUGAUAUGUGUCCUGUUAAUUGAGAUAUUGAAAUUGAGACACUGUCAUGAUUGCUGAUAAUGAUUGCUUUGAUCUGCCUGUGGUCCUACCCAGAAGCCCUGUCCAGGCCAGCAGAAGAAGGCGGCCCCUCAGCCUCGGAGGUUGUGACCCUUGGGGAUGACAGGAGUGCAUCAUCAGACGACGUGUCAACCAGCUCUCAGCCUGACGAAGGCCUCGAUGCCAAGGUGGAGAGGUAGGAACUACACACACACACACACACGACGGAGGUGGGAUAAAGGUUUGAAACAUGCUUUAUCUUUUCAAACUGAAACCUUUCCUUCUGUAGGUUAACAAAGAAACUGGAGGAAAGACGGGAGCAGAAAAGGAAAGGAGAGGAGGAGGUAAAUAAUAACUGUAGACAUUGGUGUCCCAUACUGACACCUCAGCACAAGUUUGAGCUCUUUUAAUACUAUAUAAUGCAAAUGUUGCCUAUACAUAGUAAGAACCGCCGGGCCUUUCAGCCUAUAAGUAUCCGCUAGAGAAUGUUGUUGGGCAACGUUAUUAGCAUACGCCUGGCCUCGUUGGAACCCCCUUCCAGCCAAUGACGGGUCAACAUUCUAACAGUCUAAUAAAUAAAUGUCAUAUAUGCUAUGUGAAGAAUAAUCAUUUGGUUGCGUUUAUGAAGGUCUUAGGUAACAUUAGAAUAUGAAAAAAAACAAUUAUUUCAAAGAACAUAAUAGCAUUUUCAUUAGUUUGCUACUCUAGGCUAUAAGUAAAAAUGAAAAACCACUAGUUCAAGAGUUAAAUCAAUCCAUCACAAAGAAAACCAACAUCAUUUUUUUUGGCAGGCCUAAAAAACAUUGUGGAAAUAAGAACAUUUAUAUAAAAAUAGAACAGAAUAGCAUAUAUUUUACGUUUAUUAUGUUACUAGUCUUUGCAGCCUGAGCAAUGAUGCCGCAUGGACAGCGCAGUUAUUCUUUGAAAAAGUAAUAUUUGGAAAUGGAGCUUCACCUCUUGAAUUUUGAGUUAUUUGACAAAGGUAAGUGUUAUAGAAACUGUAGAAUAUGCUAUUUCUGUUACUAUCAGAGUUUUACCUGCAUGUGACUGAAGGAGGAUUUGAUAAAGUGGUGCUCCUUUCCCUGCCUCUGUUAAUUCCAAGCUGCGCCCAUCUCUUCAUGUACAAUUUGACAACUGAUAAUAUUGUCACUCAUCAAGACUAUUGUCAAUUUAAUCUUGUCUUUAGGCUAACUCUUAUGUGUGAAAUUAGUUUCUGUAUAGUUUAGGUGUAGUUUCGAUAGGCCAGCUGUGCAGGCUGGCUGGCAUCGUUCACUUCCCCUUGCUCAUAAACUCUGACAGAGUCAAGGAUACUGUAUGUUUUGCAUUAUUCUAAAGGCCUAUUGCAACACGUAGCUUGUUUUUGUUUCACUUACGAUAAAUUUGAUUAGUAAUAGAGUUAUAGUAAAUAAUUCAGUCCACUAACAGCUUUUUUUUAACAAAGUAAAACGUAAAAGAGAAUAUCUACCAGCAAGGCUAGGGUGAAAUGAUUUGCUAUAAACAUGAGCGCUGACGUUGAUAAAUAGGCAUAACACAAAUGGAAAGAAUGAAUAUAAAUAUUCAUGACAAAAUAUGAAAACUAGUCAUUUAUUGAUUGUAUUGGACUCUGUAUUGUGCCCUAACCGUGCCUUUACGCAUCAAUCAAUCUAGUCUUCUCUUCUCUAUGCUCCCGAUUUCAGUCACAAUGGCUACAAUUCUUCAUCAUCAUUACACUAAAUGAAAUCACCCUCCUUACCAUUCAGUUAGGCCUAAUUUAAAUUCAAUUGUGAAGUAACAUGCACAAUUAUCAGUUUCUAUCGACCAUUCAUUCAUUUAGCCUACGUCAUUCAUUCAGUGAGGAGAGACACAUACAUUAGCACAUGGCUGGGUACCAAUGUCUUACAGCACAUUUGUCCUGACCUGUUAAGGUAGGAAUAGGUGUGGGGGUGGAAAAUUGGUAGAAAAACCCCUAAAUACUUUACUGUUUGUGAUUUUAAAAUUCUGACAACUGAGCAAUGUAGAAGACAAACAUUUAAAGAAAAGUCAGGGAAAGAGCAGGACUUUUUGGCCGAUUCUUUUUACUUACAAAAUCAAACGUCAGUGGCCGUUGGCCUAUGGCAGUUCUGGUGUUAAUGCUUGUGUGCACCUGUAUCUAUUUCUGUGUGAUGAUGGUCAGGGUGAAAUAAAGAAGGAGAUGGAGAGAAGGAAGAUGGGGAAGGAGAUGCUUGACUUCAAGAGGAAGAACGAGGAUGAGAAGACCAAACGCAUUAUGGAUGAGAGGAACAGGGAUAAGGCAGAGGAGAAGGCUGCCAGGGAGCGUGUCAAAGCACAGAUCGCCCUGGUAAACAAACACAUCACACUUUCACUCCUCAACUAAUCCCUUGUUGGGCCUCUCUGAUUGAACUUUCACUCAUAACUCCCUCUAGUGGCCUGAGUGAGCGCUGCAGGGUUUGUUGAUGAAAUAGCCAUUGUUUGUUGUGGUGUGGGAGGAGGUGAGUGGCUGGCUGAUGCAUCUUUGUCCCCACAGGACCGCGCUGACAGAGCUGCCCGCUAUGCCAACAACAAGGAGGAGGUGGAGGCAGCCCGGCUGGCAGCACUGCAGGCCAGACAGGCAGAGGCAGAUGCCAAGAAGGAGAACACACAAAGGGAGAGGAGGUAUGGAGCUAUUCUAGUCACAGGGCUGGGGUGGAAGUUAUAUAUCCAUGAGGAAGUUUUAAAGCAGUCACUUUAAAUAAAUAAAAUGUUUAAACACCCCAAUAAGUUUUAUAUUAUAUGUCACUACUAAUGUAAUUAUAGAUUGGCAUCAAAAAACUGUGUUAUUGUCCUCCAGCACCAUAGCCAGAAUACAGUUCCGUCUGCCAGAUGGUUCUUUCUUCACCAACCAGUUCCCCUCAGAGGCCAGACUGCAGGAGGCUCGGCAGUUCGCUGUCAAUGUAAGAUACUUUUUCUAACUCAAUAUAAUUUAAGAGUUGGACAAGUGACUAUUAAGAACAUGUUCAUCCUCUCUUUGGUGGAGUAUGAUAUUAAAUACCAUAAUGCUGGCUGUCACUUAAGAGUUUAUAUUUCUCCUCUCAGGAAGUGGGAAAUAGGUAUGGCAACUUCGCCCUGGCGACCGUGUUCCCUCGCAGAGAGUUUACGGCUGACGACCUGGACAAGACCCUACUGGAGCUUGAGCUGGCCCCCAGUGCCUCUAUAGUGCUGCUGCCUGUGAGUGAGCUCCCCAUUUCUCUAUGUAAACUUCUGCUGAUAGAAUUCACAACAAGACAGUGUCAUAGAAUCGCUCCACAGUUAUCUUUAGGCUUCUUAGGUUUCUUUGUGUACAGUGCAUUCGGAAAGUAUUAAGACCCCUUGACUUUUUCCACAUUUUGUUACGUUACAGCCUUAUUCUAAAAUUGAUGAAAUUGUUUUUUUCCCCUCAUCAAUCUACAAACAAUACCCCAUAAUGACAGAGCAAAAACAGUUUUUUUGUUGAAAUUUUUGCUAAUUUAUUAAAAGUAAAAACAAAUAUUUACAUAAGUAUUCAGACCCUUUACUCAGUACUUUGUUGAAGCACCUUUGGCAGCGAUUACAGGCUAGAGUCUUCUUAGGUAUAACGCUACAAGCUUGGCACACCUGUAUUUGGGGAGUUUCUCCCAUUCUUCUCUGCAGAUCCUUUCAAGCUCUGUCAGGUUGGAUGGGGAGUGUCGCUGCACAGCUAUUUUCAGGUCUCUCCAGAGAUGUUAGAUCGGGUUCAAGUCCGGGCUCUGGCUGGCCCACUCAAGGACAUUCAGAGACUUAUCCCGAAGCCACUCCUGCCUUGUCUUGGCUGUGUGCUUAGGGUCGUUGUCCUGUUGGAAGGUGAACCUUCGCCGUAGGGAUGGUGCCAGGUUUCCUCCGAUCGUGAAGCUUGGCAUUCAGGCCAAAGAGUUCAAUCUUGGUUUCAUCAGACCAGAGAAUCUUGUUUCUCAUGGUCUGAGAGUCCUUUAGGUGCCUUUUGGCAAACUCCAACGGGCUGUCAUGUGCCUUUUACUGAGGAGCGGCUUCCGUCUGGCCACUCUACCAUAAAGGCCUGAUUGGUGUAGUGCUGCAGAGAUGGUUGUCCUUCUGGAAGGUUCUCCCAUCUCCACAGAGGAACUCUGAAGCUCUGUCAGAGUGACCAUUGGGUUCUUGGUCACCUCCCUGACCAAGGCCCUUCUCCCCCUAUUGCUCAGUUUGGCCGGGCGGCCAGCUCUAGGAAUAGUCUUGGUGGUUCCAAACUUCUUCAAUUUAAGAAUUAUGGAGGCCACUGUGUUCUUGGGGACCUUCAAUGCUGCAGAAAUGUUUUCGACACAAUCCUGUCUCGGAGCUCUACGGACAAUUCCUUCGACCUCAUAGCUUGGUUUUUGCUCUGACAUGCACUGUCAACUGUGGGACCUUACAUAGACAGGUGUGUGCCUUUCCAAAUAAUGUCAAAUUAAUUGAAUUGACCACAGGUGGACCAAUCAGGUUGUAGAAACAUCUUAAGGAUGAUCAAUGGAAACAGGAUGCACCUGAGCUCAAUUUCGAGUCUCAUAGCAAAGGGUCUGAAUACUUAUGUAAAUAAGGUAUUUCUGUUUUUUAUUUGUAAUAAAUUUGCAAAUAUUUCUACAAACCUCUUUUCGCUUUGUCAUAUGAGGUAUUGUGUGUAGAUUGAUGAGGGGAAAAAUUUAUUUUAUAUAUUUUAGAAUAAGGCUGUAACGUAACAAAAUGUGGAAAAGGGGAAGAGGUCUGAAUACUUUCCGACUGCUUUAUCUAGUUUGUUUUGGGGACUUUUUGCUUGUUUUCCCAGUAGAAUGAGAGCAUUGAGAAUAAAAUGUGUUUUAUAUAAUUCUAACCCCUUCCAGCAAACGGGACGGCCAAACAACAUGGUAGUGCAGUCGACCUCUGGAGGGGGUAUCUGGGCUGUGCUGGGUACUAUCCUCUACCCUCUGCUGGCUGUGUGGAGGUUCCUGAGUGGCUUCCUCUUCACCAGCCCACCUAUCCCUGGAGCAGCAGGCCCCAGAGGCCCAGCCCAACAGCCCAACACUGCCUCUGCCUCCUCAUCCUCAUCUGGUCAACCAAAAAGGUGAGGCCCCAUCCAGCAGACUCUUCUAUGUAGUCAUUGUGUACAGGCAUAUUUUUAGGAGUAGCUGAGAUUGUUGUGAUGGUACAUUAUGGUUAGGAGUUCAAGUGACAAAAUGUUGCCAGAUUGUUACAAUGUAAUUGAAUGGUUAAGCUGGUCUACUGGUUCAGGUUAAUCCUUGUCAGAGGUCAUAACAGCCACCUUUAACAUGAAUUGUUGUUGUAACCAGAGUGCAAAGAAUUCCGAGAAUUAAUUUAGGGGUUUGAUUGAGCGGCGUGGUUAUGUAAGAUUGGGUGUUCUAAAGCCUAGUUGGGUUAUUUCACAUCCAUUUCCACUUUCUCAGAGAAACCCUUCGCAAACGCACACGGGAGAAGCAACCAGCAGACUUCAAACAAGACGGAAAAAUCCACAGGCUACGGAAUCACGAGGACAGUGAGGAUGAGAAUAACACUUGGAACGGCAACUCUACCCAGCAGAUGUAGUGCAAUAACACUGUCUCAAUCUCUCCUCCCUCUCUUCUCUCUCUCUCUCUCUCUCUCUCUCUCUCUCUCUCGCUCUCGCUCUCUGACCUGGUGAGUUUCCUGAGUGCGUGUCGGUCGGUCUAAUGGAGGAUAAUGCUGAUAUUAGGGCUAUGAUGUUUCUGUUAUGUUUCUCUUGUCCAAGCCUGUACUCUGCUCCUCCCUUGCAUGGGUAGAUGUAAUCAAGUUAACCUCCUGACCGUUGGGCUUGAACAGAGAUGAUCCCCUUUUGUGUUGAAACUGUUAUUUGAUUCAUUCAGCCUCUUAGAAUACAACCAGCCAGGGAAUCCUUCAAUAUUCUGACAUGUCUACUGUACUGUGUGAUGAAGGGUUGAGAUAGGGGGGUUGAUUGAAUAGGGGUGUUGAUUGAAGUCCUUGUCUAAAGGAUAUGUUGACAGCUGCAUUAUUAAGAAGCUUUGUGUUUUAUUUAAGUCAGUAACCCAGAUGACAAAACUCUUUAAUGAAAAUGUCUGAUAUGAGGGCUCUCUCUAGUCUGGUGGAAGGGGCUAUGUGUGUAGCUGUGUGUUUUAUACCAAGGCUGUGGCCCCCUUGGCAUAAACUGCCUCCUUCGGCAGUAGCAUGGGUUGUUUCUACUACUAGUUCAACAUGGGAAACCACUGUACCGCUCUCAUUUAACUAUGGGAAUAAAAAUACAUGUUUUUCAAUAAACAAGCUUUUGGCUGACUCUAUA